GUAAGUUAUCCAUUUCAUCUUCUACUUGUCUUUACGUUUUAUAUUUACAGCCCAGCACAUAUUAUCUACAUUAUACAAUUCUCUUGAAACACACCAACAUCAACAUCAGCAUCCAUCAAACCCACCAAUCUGAACCUCAUAAAGCGAAUCAAUCAUCAUCCAUCCAACCAUGCCCAAACAAACUCGCACCCCAGGACAACCCCUCCAGGAACGUCCCCACCUCGACUCCCACGUCCAGCAAACCCUCAACCGCGCCCUCUUCCGCGAACCCACGCUCGCUCGUCGCCAAAAAGGUGCACAGGUGCAGCGCAGAGGAACACACGUACACAGAGCCGUCCAGAGACCCCAUGUAAGUAUCUUCACCGAAUCCGAUUCUGACAUCUUUCCUUUAGUGCAUACUCCUUCCUUUGCCGUUUCGCCCGAAGAUACAUUUGCUGUUUGCGCGAGCGGAGUUGUUUCGCCCGUUUCGCCUUUGACUCCGGAGACUCGGUCUCGAGAGCAAGAACAAGCAAACUACACUCUCGAAAUCGAACCUGCGACCCCGGCCUCGGAACUCGAACCCCGUGGCGUCGCGACGUAUAGUCAUUGGUAUUUUGAUCAUCAGGCGGCGAAUCACUAUAGUGAGAAACAUGUGAGUAUGAGUGACAGGUCGGCGUUUACGAUGAUGAGUGGAGGGUUGGAGAGGAGAAGGAAGGGAGUGAGGGUGAGGGUGAGUGUUAAGAGGGUGAAGACGUGGAUUCGAGAGAAGGCGGGGAAGAAGGAGAAGGAGAGGAUGGAGAGGAGACGGGAGAGGAAGGGGGAGUUGGUGGUUAGAGAGAGGGUUUUGGGGUGUGAGGAGAAGGAGGGAGGUGAGAAGGGGAAGGGGGUUAGAGGGAGGUUGGGGGCGGCGAUCAAGAGGGGCACGGAUAGGUUGAAGAGAUUGGUGCCUGGGGGGAGGAAGGAGAAGAAGGAGAAUGAUGAGUGGAGGGUGUUGGAUAGGAUUACGGGAUUUCAGACUAUUGAGUAAGUUGGGUGAGUACUCUAGGUAAGUGUUUGAUCUCUCUUUUCUUCUUUGUUUAUUUCUUUUCUGCGCAUUUCACGGGGUUUAUUUUUGGGCUUCGAAGGUAAGUUACGUAUAGACCAUACGCACGAAUAAAAAAUUGUUUUUACCA